AUGCGCAAAGCCUCCGAUGAGCCCACGUUGCCAUCGGGUAAGUCAGAUAAGGUGAGUUUGCGGUCAUCGGUUGAACGUUUCUUAUCUGAUUUCUUUUUGAGCUUAUCGAGGGCUAGGCUUGUGGUUUUGGGUGAAGGUGGUUGGGACAGUUGUGCCAACUUCAGGCCGAAAGCUGUCCUUGAACUUGAUCAGUCUAGUUUAGCGGUGAUACCCAUGAAGGCAAUGUGUGUUGUCCCUGGGGCGGGUGUUUUGGUGGAGGAAGAAUUGGAUAUUUCAGAUAUGGGUUUGGGUGGAGAGGAUAGCUUAUCAAUCCCUCUGAUGUCUAUCACUCCCUUUGGGUUGCCUUUGUCAGCUGAGUUGAAUUGUGGUAAUGAGGCAGUGGAGUGUAUUGAAAGGGAGAUGGAGGCUGCCAAAGUGUUGAACAGGAAAGUUACAGUUGCUAGAAAAGCUGUCAUCUAUAAGGAUAAAGAGAAGAGAGAGCUGAGGAAUUUGCAAUCUUUGGAGACAAAGGAGUGGAGGCCUUUUGUGGAAGGUUUGGAGUUUGAUCUGAUAGAUGGGUCGGAGAGGGGCUGGCUUGAAAGGAGGCUUGAGAAGGAGGAGAUUCUUCUAGCUAUUAAUGAGUUGGUUGGAGAUAAAGCUCUACGUCCAAAUGGUUUUUCUAUGGCCUUUUUUCACCAAUGUUGGAGAGUGGUGGAAAGAGAUGUUCUAGCAUUUUUUAAGGAGUUCUAUCAACACAGUAAGUUUGAGAAAUCUUUGAACGCUACUUUCAUAGCAUUAAUUCCUAAGAAGAAUGAUGCUUCCAAUAUUCGAGACUUCAGGCCUAUUAGCUUGGUGGGGAGCUUGUACAAGAUCUUGUCUAAGGUUUCGGCAAAUCGUUUGAAACAGUUUUCUAUUUUGGUUAAUGGGGCUCCAGUUGACUUUUUUGGGAGCACGAGGGGUCUGAGACAAGGGGACCUGCUAUCUCCUAUGUUGUUUUUGGUUAUGAUGGAGGUGUUCAGCAGGAUGUUGAAAAGAGUUGAAGGUGCUGGCUUGAUCAGGGGUUUUAAGGCUGAUGGUAGACGGGGUGAAGGGGAAUGUGUCUCGCAUCUUUUGUUUGCUUGUGAUGCGGAAGUGGAGCAGAUCCUUCAUGUUUGGAUGCUUCUCCUUUGUUUUCAGGCUGUGACAGGUUUGAAAGUCAAUGUCCUGAAGAGUGAGAUGGUUCCAAUAGGGGAGGUUAAUAAUGUGCAUGCCUUGGCAAAGAUUCUGGGUUGUAGGAUUGGGACUUUGCCUAGGACCUAUCUUGGUAUGUUGUUGGGGGCUUCCCAUAAGUCCCUUAUUAUUUGGAAUCCUAUCUUGGAGAAAAUUAAGCGAAAGUUGGCUGGGUGGAAGAAGCUGUAUUUGUCAAAAGGUGGAAGACUGACAUUGCUUAAGAGAAAAUGGUUAUGGCGGUUUGGGGUUGAGGAGACUCAUCUUUGGAGGAGGGUUGUAGCUUUGAAGUUUGGGGAAGAGUGGGGGGGAUGGUCUUCCAAGCUAGGUAAGGGUGUUCACAGGUGUGGUUUAUGGAGAAGUAUCCGAAAAGGUUGGGAGGUUUUUAGCAAAUGUAUUCGGUUUGAGGUAGGGGUGGGGGAUAGAGUGAAGUUUUGGACAGAUUGGUGGUGUGGGGACUUAGGACUCCAUCUAUCCUUCCUGGUAGUGUAUGGGAUUACUACUAAUAGAGAGGCAUCUGUGGCCUCGUCUCUCGAACGGUUGGGGAUUGAGGCUCCGAGAAGCUGGAAUGUUCGUUUAUUUAAGGAUCCAAAUGAUUGGGAGUUGGGUGAUGUGGAUGAAUUCCUUCAUACCUUGGGUUCUAAUUUACCUCAAUCUGAGCAUGGAGACCGUAUGAGAUGGAAGUUGUCGAAGAAGGGGGAUUUUGACAUCCGCUCGUUCUAUAAUAAGCUUCGAAGUCCCUUGCCUAUUAUCUUUCCUUGGAAAGGUAUUUGUAAGGUUAAGGCUCCUCCGCGCAUCUCUUUCUUUGGAUUGCAACUUCGGAGAAAAUUCUUACAGGGGACAUUUUGCGGGGUAGAGGCGUUGAUUUUGUUGACUGGUGCAUUAUGUGUCGUUGUAAUGGGGAGAAGGUGA